AUGGAUGCGGGCGCCGAGUCCAUCAUCCGGCGCUUGCAGGCCAACUUCCCGGAGGCCACCAGCGAGGCCAGCGGGCGCAUCAUUAGCGAGGAGGUGCUGCGCUUCAUCAAGGAGGGAGGCGGAGGCGAGGACCAGGACAUAAGCUACCUGGAAGAUGCCAUCCGCAACCGCCUGGCGUCGCGCACUGGCGCCAGCGGCAAGGCCGAGCGGCUGGCCGCCACGAAGAGCCUGUUCAGCAACGACGAGUGGAGCCGCAUCUCGCUGUUCAUGGCCCUGAUGGAGCGCAAGGACGAGAGCCAGCGGGCGGCGGCGGAGAGCGUGCACAAGCGCGAGGUGCACAGCCUGAUGGCGGGGCAGGUGGCAGAGGCGCAGAAGCGCAAGCUAGCUGAGAAGGAGCACAAGCGGGAGGAGCUCAAGGAGGUGGACAAGGAGCUGCAGGAGUGGGAGAAGGAGGAGAAAGCGCGGCGCGCGGCGCGGCAGCAGUCGGUGCUGAAGCUGCGCGGCGACCGCGAGGUGCAGCUGGAGGAGCAGGCCAACCGCAAGCAGGCGGCGGCAGAGCUGCGGCGGCGGGGCGAAGAGGAGCUGACGGCGCGCAUCGCACUGGAUGUGAAGCGGCAGAUCGAGGCGGAGGCUGCUGCCAAGGCCAAGGCCAAGGAGGAGCUCAAGGCCUUCCUGCUCAGCAACGAGGCCAACAAGAAGAUCAAGGAGGAGCAGGCGGAGGUGGAGCGGCAAGAGGAUGUGCGGUACAUGCAGCAGCAGGCGGCACAGCUGGACAAGCAGGAGCGCGAGCGGCAGCAGCUGCUGGAGAGGGUGCGGGCGGUGCAGAACCGUCAGGCGGAGGAUGCGGCCCAGCGGCCGCCCUUCAAGCGCUGGGUGGCGGAGGAGAUCAUCGAGCGGCAGUUCCAGGAGAAGCAGGCGGCGCUGGCGGCAGAGGAGGCGCGGCGCAAGGCCAGGGCAGCCGAGGCAGCGGCCAAGCUGCGUGCCGACAUUGGGGAGCAGCGCAGCCAGCGGGAGGCGGCCAGGCUGCAGGAGCUGCAGGAGAAGCGGCGGGAGCUGGUGGCGCUGAUGGCCAACCUGGAGGUGUGCAGGAAGACGGCGGCAGAGGCCAAGGCGGCCGAGCUGGCCAAGAUGCGGGCCUUCAAGGCGGAGCUGGACCAGCAGAUUACAGACAACCAGGCGCGCCGCUCGGUGGCUGCCAUGACGGAGACGGAGCGCAAGCUGAACGCCGAGCUGCUGCGGGAGGUGGAGGCAGCUGCCAGCGGCGGCACCAUCCCUGCCCUGCGCUCGCCCUGA